AUGCAUAAAACAAAUUUAACUGUUGGGGCUUUUUCGAUACCAUUCGCCGAAGGAUUCGCUGAAAAAGACGGUCAAGUUGUUCCUAAAUUGAAGUCUCUUAAACGAUUUGCAGCCAUUCUCUCGAAUUAUGGCCCUUUCAACUUGAAAUUCAUUCUACCCGAGGAAGGACAAAUGGGUGUACUAUCAGAAACUGGUUAUCAUGAUGGAGUUUUGGGUUUAUUACAAGAAGGGAAGGCUGAUAUGUGCUUCUCGCUUUUACCGUUGGAUAUCCAGAAAGCUCCUGGUUAUUUCUCUGCCGUUAUAUCAGAAGACAGGUUCUACAUAUUUAGUACACGCGAUCUGCAUCCUGAGGACUCAGCAGUUGUUUCAAGUCUAACAUCAAUCACCGUGAUUCCUCUGUUAUUGGCUAUUCUCGCUAUUUUAAUAUUGGAAUUUACAGUUGUUAAACAUUUCAAACUUGAAGCAUUGGUUACAGCUAUCUUUAGAUCCUUUGGUAUCACAUUUCAUCAGCAUUUUUAUAACCGUUCAGCAUGGCUUUGCUUGGUUCAAAUGUUUAUCCUAAUGUUUCCAGUAUUCAUCUUUAGUGCUGCAUUCAGAACCCAAACUAUUGUAGGAACUGCAGAUUACAAGAUUGAUACAUUGAGAGAUGUUAUCGAUCAGGGAAAGAUACCAUUUUUCCUUGAAGGCAUUUCGCUGCACGACUUUUUCAAAGCCAAAGUAACCAAAGAUUAUGCUGAUAAUUAUGAACGAGCUGUAACUGAAGGGUUAGAAAAGCCCUUUCCGUUAGGACGCCUUCCCGAAUUUGAAAGGAAGGAGCUGAUGAUAACUUUCGUCUCUGGUGUUGGAAAGAAACUAGCUCCGUUAAUGACUUCAGUUUCUGGUUUUACCGACAUCAAUCGAGAAGGCUAUUAUUCAGCAAAGCCUUUUCAUAAAUCUUUGCAAGCUAUACUUUUUAGCUUCAAUGCAUCUGAGAACAUCAGAAAAAGGUUUGAUACUAUUGCUAGUCGGGACUUUCAAAGUGGAAUCGUUCAAAAAAUGGAAGGAGAUAUUUACAUAGAUUUUAUGCUUUCUUUUUAUCCAACUACCUUAUUCGAAUUUCACAAAUCUGAAGUUCCUCCAAAAAUUAAUGAUUUCACUUGGAAACCAUUAAGUUUUACAAAGAAAAUUGAAAAACUAUUAAAUGAUUUAAAUAAAGACUCGAAUAAUUUUGCAAAUGAUUCCUAA